UGUAAAAAAAACAGUUCAGCUAUUUUAUUAUUGCGACAAAAUUAUCGAAAGUCUUAGUUGUAUAUAUCUGUAUAUAUAUUUUGCUAUAAACCAUAUCAUCGCUAGAGGAUCGAUCAUGUCAAAGCGUAUGCUGGCCCGAACAGCCGAGAGGCUGCGCAAGCUGUGCAGAAGGGCGGGGAAGCCAUUGACGAAUCAAUGGAACGUUUCCAUGAGCUCCAAGUCCGCCAUUGUGCCGAUGUCCAAGUUUGAGCCGGACACGCCGCUGCCCUAUAAGCUGCUCAGCGAGCGGGUGGACUGUGUUAUAUCUCGGCUCAAACGUCCGCUGACCCUGUCGGAGAAGGUGCUCUACUCGCACUUGGACAGUGCCGGCGAGCAGGACAUCAAGCGCGGCGAGUCAUAUCUGCUGCUUCGUCCGGAUCGCGUGGCCAUGCAGGAUGCCACCGCCCAAAUGGCACUGCUGCAGUUCAUCUCGUCCGGCCUGAGCAAGGUGGCCGUGCCGUCGACGGUGCACUGCGACCACUUGAUCGAGGCACAGGUGUGCGGCGAGCAGGACCUGAAGCGCGCCAAGGACCUGAACAAGGAGGUGUAUGACUUCCUGGCCUCCACCAGCGCCAAGUACGGCCUGGGCUUCUGGAAGCCCGGCAGCGGCAUCAUUCACCAAAUCAUACUCGAGAACUACGCCUUCCCGGGUCUGCUCAUGAUCGGNGGGUGA